AUGGCCCUGCAAGCUGCUUCUUUGGUCUCCUCUGCUUUCUCUGUCCGAAAAGACGCAAAAUUGAAUGUUUCUUCAUCAUCUUUCAAGGACUCGAGUCUAUUUGGUGUCUCCAUUGCCGACCAAAUCAAAUCCGAACAUGUCUCUUCCUCAUUGAGAUUCAAGAGAGAACAUAGCUUGAGGAAUGCAGCAAUUCGAGCCCAAACCGCUGCGACUUCAAGUCCCUCGAUCACAAAAUCAUCCGUGGACAGCAAGAAAACGCUGAGGAAAGGAAACGUUGUGGUCACGGGAGCCUCGUCUGGGUUAGGUCUAGCCACGGCAAAAGCUCUUGCCGAGACAGGGAAAUGGCACGUGAUAAUGGCGUGCAGAGACUUCCUUAAAGCGGAGAGAGCCGCUAAAUCCGCAGGGAUGCCUAAAGACAGCUACACGGUGAUGCAUUUAGACUUGGCCUCUUUGGACAGCGUGAGGCAAUUCGUUGAUAACUUUAGGAGAUCGGAGAUGCCUCUCGAUGUUUUGGUCUGCAACGCUGCUGUUUAUUUCCCGACAGCUAAAGAGCCUACUUACAGUGCAGAAGGGUUUGAGCUUAGCGUUGCUACGAAUCAUUUGGGACAUUUUCUUCUCGCGAGGCUGUUGCUUGAUGACUUGAAGAAAUCUGAUUACCCUUCGAAGCGUCUCAUUAUCGUCGGAUCCAUCACCGGGAACACCAAUACAUUGGCCGGUAAUGUACCACCGAAGGCGAAUCUUGGCGAUUUGAGGGGUUUAGCUGGCGGAUUGAACGGAUUAAACAGCUCAGCGAUGAUUGAUGGAGGAGAUUUCGACGGUGCAAAGGCUUACAAAGACAGUAAAGUCUGCAAUAUGUUGACGAUGCAAGAGUUCCACAGGCGUUACCAUGAAGAUACCGGAAUUACAUUCGCUUCGCUGUACCCUGGUUGCAUCGCCUCCACGGGUUUAUUCAGAGAGCACAUUCCGCUUUUCCGUACCCUCUUCCCUCCAUUUCAGAAGUACAUCACUAAAGGAUAUGUCUCCGAGACAGAGUCUGGCAAAAGACUUGCUCAGGUGGUGAGUGAUCCGAGCUUAACGAAAUCAGGGGUUUACUGGAGCUGGAACAAGGCCUCGGCUUCUUUUGAGAACCAGUUAUCAGAAGAAGCAAGCGAUGUUGAGAAGGCUCGCAAAGUGUGGGAGAUCAGUGAGAAGCUCGUUGGCUUGGCCUAA